AAAACGGAAGCAGCGAGCCCUGCUUCUUUUGCCCAGUAUCUUCGCUCUCUCCUGGUUGGUCAUCAGUUGCCUUUGGUCCUCCUCAGUUCCUUUGAUCCAAAAUACAACACACACCCCGGCCUACUGAGCGGCGGACUUCAACAAGAACCAAAGCUGCGCUUCAAGAGAGGAGCACCUGCUGCUGCAGAGUUUACUGCGGCUGGACACGGAGUUGAAGCAAGCGCACGUAGAAGAAGACCAACAACCCGGCAUCUACAUCUUCUUGAGCCACAAUGCCUGGCCCUGGAGGUUUCGGCCGCGGCGGCGGGUUUAGAGGCGGCGGAGGAUUCGGGAGAGGAUUCGGGAGAGGGUUCGGAUGGGGGCCGAGGUUCGGUGGUCCUUUGUUUGGUCCAGGCCCGGGGCCUCUUGGCUUGGUGGGUGCUUUGGCAACCGGAGCAGCCAUCGCCGCUGUAGUCGGCCCGCCCCCGCACCGCAGGUACCCCCCCCCGCCAGCCGGCUACAUCUACGUCGUGCAGGAGCCGCAGUCAGGGCAAGUAGGGCACGCGCCGCCUAGGGCGGUGCGAGCGGCAGAGACGCCGUUUAUCAUCAUGCGGGUCGCCUUGGCGUCGUACCGCACGGGACAGGGGGGAGAGGUGCUCUUCGAAGUGCAGAUCACCAUGAACGACGGUUACAAGUACGGUGUGCUGAGGCGCUACUCGCAGUUCGACCAGCUACGAGAGCGCGUUUCGCGGGUUAUUCGCACGACGACCCCGCCCUUCCCCCCCAAGAGCAGCAUCCGGAGCUCGACCGUGGGGCUCGGACCGGCUGACUUGGAAGAGCGGCGACAAAUGCUGCAGGCCUGGCUGCAGUCCCUCUGCACGGCGGCCUCCGCCAACACCCCGGCCCUCCGCGUGCCCCUGUACGACUUCCUCGAGACGGCCAUGUACUACCCGCCCGAAGCGCCCGUAACGUCGUCCGACCCCACCGCCGCCUCCGCCCAGCACACCGCCGUAGCCACUCCCGCCGCCACCACCGCUACCACCGGCGUACCGGUCGCCGCCGCCUACGCCGAGGCUUUGCCCCCCGCCGCGGGUACCAAGGGCGUCGGAGUUCCGUCCGCCGGCCCCCUGCCGCCGAAGCCGGACUCCACCGGAUACGGCUGGGCGGUACCCCCGGAGUCGCGAGACGCGUCCGACCUCAAGAUGGCCAUGGCCGGCCCGAGCGCGGCGGGAAAGCUUACCGGAGAGCAGGCGGCGGUGGCCUUGAGGACGGGGACCGGGGCCGGGCAGGAGGACUUGAGGGCCGUGUGGGCGCUGUCGGACAUCGACCAGGACGGGAUGUUGGACCGCGACGAGUUUGCCGUUGCGUGGUACCUGGCCCACCAAGCCGCGGCGGGCAACAAGCCGCCUGCUUCGCUUCCAGCCGACAUCGUGCCGCCUUCCAAGCGCCAAGCCGCACAGCACAGUUUGGCGAAUCCGUUCGGUUAGCCGGGGGAAAAGAGAGAUCAAACCCGCUUUCGGAGGGUACAAUCCGUUGUUUCACAAAACUCGUACGUGGUAUCAACGUAGAGUGGGUUUGAGCUGGCACGCGUUUUCGUUUUUUUUCUCGUGUAUUUUUUCCGUCGGCACCGAGUAAAAAGACGUAAGAGUACCCUCGUCGUCAGGACGCCCACUUCCGGGUGGGCAAUCAGCCUUCUUUCAUUGUAUACGGUGGUAUGGAGGUGUAGUCUCGCAACAAUUCCCGCCCCUCUUGGCCUCAGCCGGUGGCUUUGGAAUGAGGAUUAGGAUCCAGAGCGGGGUUUCUUAUCCAGAGCAGGAAAUCAACAUGAUAGCCCCGCUCAAUUCGUGUCUCCUCUGUAUAUUUGUACUUCGUCUACUGCAGUAGUGGCCGCGUCAUCUCGACGCCGGUCAUCCACAGGUAAAUAUUAUUUUCUCAGUUCAGGGUGUUGCCGCUGCGCCGGGUGUGUUGGAUAGAGCAUGGGUGGGGGCCCGAAAGGUGCGGUUGUGGUAUGCGUAGCAAGACGGUGACAUUGCUCACACCUGACUCGUGCCAAAAACGCAACGAGAGACGAGACUCGAGUUCCGGUUCUACAGUAGCCGCGUUCAUGUUCGUUUCGCACAAAGGGCAGAGAAUCAUCCAUGUCAAGAGGCUGAGAGGAGGGCGACAUGACUCGAAGUCUGCGGAUGCGAUGUUGAAUGACUGCUUUGGAGAACGGACAAACAAUCGAGCGUGGUCAUGUGUUUCAGGAGUGACCCUGUAAACGUCAAGACUCCGACUGAGGAGGACAACAUGCUGAUAAAUCGGCCGCUAAUGUUGCCUGGCUGUCCGGUGUUUAGAGGGGAAAGAACCAGGGAGGGC